AAGACCCUCAACUCAAUACAUUCAUGAAACAAAUCUGAACACUCUGAACUGAGUGAUACACAACUUAAGAAUUAAGAUGGCUGAAAUGAGGAACAAGCAAGUGGUUCUAAGGGACUAUGUCACUGGUUUUCUUAAGGAAUCAGACAUGAACAUUGUUGAAAGUACCAUUACUUUGAAGCUUCCUCAAGGAUCCAAUGAGGUUCUCCUCAAAAAUCUCUACUUGUCCUGUGACCCUUACAUGCGAAUCCGCAUGACUAAGGAUUACACUGCCGAAUUAGGUACCUACACCCUUGCAACUCCAUUAACAGGACAUGGUGUGUCUAAAGUCCUAGAAUCUGGAAACCCAGACUAUGAGAAAGGUGAUUUAGUAUUGGGAAUUACUAACUGGGAAGAGUAUAGCUUUGUCUCCUCAGCUCAAAUACUUUUCAAAAUUGAGCACACUGAUGUCCCACUUUCCUACUAUACUGGAAUUCUUGGUCCGCCAGGAAUGACUGCUUAUGUCGGUUUCUUUGAAUUAGGCUCUCCCAAGAAAGGUGAGAACGUUUUUGUUUCAGCUGCAUGUGGUGCAGUUGGUCAACUUGUAGGGCAAUUUGCUAAAUUGAGUGGUUGUUAUGUUGUUGGAAGUGCUGGAAGUAAGGAAAAGGUGCAUCUGUUGAAAAACAAAUUAGGAUUUGAUGAAGCUUUUAACUACAAAGAAGAGCCUGACCUCAAUGCAGCUUUGAAAAGGUGCUUUCCAGAAGGCAUUGACAUAUACUUUGAGAAUGUUGGAGGCAAGACCCUUGAUGCUGUGCUCUUGAAUAUGAGAGUCCAUGGCCGCAUACCCGUCUGUGGAAUGGUCUCACAGUAUAAUCUUACUCAACCUGAAGGUGUAACAAAUUUGGCAAAUCUCAUAUUUAAGCGCAUUCGAAUGGAAGGUUUUAUUGUCACAGAUUUCUAUGACCUUUAUCCCAAAUUCUUGGAGUUUCUCUUGCCUCAUAUCAGAGAAGGGAAGGUUGUGUACGUAGAAGACAUGGCUGAGGGUCUUGAAAAUGGCCCUGCAGCCUUGGCUGGCCUCUACAGAGGUCGCAAUGUUGGUAAACAAGUGGUUGUUGUUGCUCGUGAAUAAAAUUCUAUGAAUUGUCAUUCUCAAAUCUGAACUUCUGAUUUUGUGUUGAACCUUCUUUAUAUGGGGUAUGCACUUGGUUGGUUGAAAUUACUGCUUAUUUUAUGAUGCAUAAAAUCUCUAAAAUGUGCAAUUAUGGUUACUUCUAAUUCAUAUAUUGAAGAUGAGAAUGAAAUGUUUAUAUUUAUGAAUUCAUAUAAAUUUAGAUUCUCUUCAAGAAGUAGCAGUGUGUAGGAUUGCAUGUGGAGUAAUUAGUAAAACUUUAGGGUUGAGGUCUAAGUCUUGGGACCCUUAGAAGAUGUACUUUUGUUAAUGUAUGUGGUUUUAGGUUGUGGGCCCCGCGUCAGGAUCCCCUCAUAUUUGAUUAUAUGUUCCUGUAUUUUUAUACAUUCGCUUAAUUAAGUGAAAUUUCGCUUAAGCGAAUGUAUAAAAAUACACGAACAUGACUGUCAUGUUUGAAAUUAAAUAUGAGGGGAUCCAGAUCCGUGAGUCUCGUAUGAUAAUAUCUGUCUCCUCAGCAUUACUUUUUGUAUCCGUUUUUAAUUAUGUUUAAGAGCUAUUUAAUAUUUUUUUAUUUUUAAUAAAUAUUUUUUCAUGUUAAUUUAUAAAAUUAAAACGAUAGUUUAUUAUAGACUUAAUAUGUAUUAUUUUUGUUUAUUUUCAUAAAUACAUAACUCUUUUAAUUUAAAAUUAAAAAACUUAGUUGUUGUCAACUCAUUGAUGGGGAAGGGGAUAGAAAAAUAAAAGAAAAUACCUAUUCAUGACAACCUUUGAAAUUAUUAUUCUCAUGAUUGGUUGACUAAUAGAUUGUGCUUAAUCAAACAAUUUACAUUACUUAUUCUUUUCCACCAUGAAAUGUCUAAAAAAUUCAACAUGGUACGUGAGUAUAAUAUGCUCAUAAAAUUUUGUAACAAACAAAAUAUAAGGCUAGAGUAUUUGGAAGCAUAUAAAACAAACCAUACAAAGUAUAAUACAUCCAUCUUAAGACUGUUUUCCAGAAUUUACAGUGCGAAUUGUAAUAUACAAUGAAUCAUGAUA